GAAGAGGGAACAGUGUCGGAACUUUAGCUUGCGUAAGCGCGAAUGGGAAACCCGCGAACGUGGCGUUAAUAACAUUUAACUUUUUUUCUCAUCGUGAUAUGUCACGACGUAAUUACAACGUGAAAUGAGAAACGAGGGUGAAAGGACCGGAAGGGAUGCGUCUGGCAAAAUUCGUGUCCUUCGCGCCCCGAGUGCCCCGACUAGAGCCGUUCCUGGAGCGGAGCUGCACGUGUGUGCACUUCGGCGGAGCAUCUCCGUUCGUGCCACCAUCUGGUCCGUGUCGACUCGUGUCAGGUGAAGGUGGUUUCACGGCGCACUACUUCUGCUUCUGUAUUAUAGACCCGCGCGGAGGCGAUAAACGAGACCUGCUUCCAUUGUUGACCUCUUCCCCCCCGUUGUUAAGAAAUGAUACCGAGCUGCCUCAGGAACGUCGCCGCGCGGUCGUCACGACGAAACUUUGGAAGCUGGAACGAGGUGGCCUCGUUUUUCUUGAGCAAGAAAAAUAGCUAUGCCACCGAGGCCUCCUUCGAGACCAAGCCUUUUCGCCUGCACAAACUGGAGCACGGCCCGUCCACCCAGGUUACGGUGACCCGGGAUGACGCUAUCCAACUGUUCAAGCAGCUACACACGAUACGUCGUAUGGAAACGGCCGCUGGCAACUUGUACAAAGAGAAGAUCGUUCGGGGUUUCUGUCACUUGUAUUCUGGACAAGAAGCUUGCGCGGUCGGCAUGAAAGCCGCGAUGAGACCGCAGGACGCCGUGAUCACGGCUUACCGCGCGCACGGAUGGACUUAUUUGAUGGGCAUAGAUGCGUUCGGCGUCUUUGCGGAACUCACGGGCAGACAGGGCGGCAAUGCCAAGGGCAAGGGUGGCUCCAUGCACAUGUACGCUAAGAACUUUUACGGUGGAAACGGCAUCGUCGGCGCCCAGGUGCCGCUGGGAGUUGGGAUCGCCUUCGCGCAGAAGUACUUGAACAACGGCGGGGUUUGUCUGACAUUGUACGGCGACGGCGCGGCCAAUCAGGGACAGGUGUUCGAGGUGUACAAUAUGGCUAAGCUGUGGGACGUGCCCUGCAUCUUCGUCUGCGAGAACAACGGAUACGGGAUGGGCACCAGCGUGGAGCGUGCCGCGGCGAGCACGGAGUAUUACACCAGAGGCGAUUAUAUUCCCGGGAUAUGGGUGGACGGAAUGGAUGUGUUAGCCGUGAGGGAAGCCACGAGAUUCGCGAUCGAGCACUGCACGUCCGGCAAGGGGCCGAUGAUCAUGGAGACCGUGACGUACAGGUACAGCGGGCACAGUAUGUCGGAUCCCGGAACCAGCUACCGUACGCGGGAGGAGGUGCAGGAGGUCCGGCAGACCCGGGAUCCCCUGACCAGCUUCAAGGAGAGAAUCCUGAAUUCCAAUCUCGCCACUGCGGACGAGAUCAAAGCAAUAGAGGGCGCAAUCAGGAAAGAGGUGGACGACGCCAUGAAAGCCGCCAAGAACGACAAGGAGAUUCCGCUGAACGAGCUCACCGCCGACAUUUACACGCAGUGUCUGGAGAAGGAGAUCCGCAACACGACACCCUUCAGUCCUUUGUCGCACGCCAGAUUAGGGCCAGCCGUAAACGCUUGAAACUGCUCAAAGAUUCCUGAAAUCUUGUACAUUUUACAGUCACGUGCCACGUCCACAAUGUUCAUAGACCUACAAACACUAGUUGUAUAGAAGCCGCACACGAUUCUUUAAUUCGAGGAUGUAUCAUAUUAUUUCGUCAAAGGAGAACUGAUGAUAUUGCUAAAGCAGAUUAAUUCGAGCGCAUUGCGCGCACCGACGUUAAUCUUAUAAUGCUCCACAAUGCGCGCGUAAUAUUUACAGUCAAACACGACUUGUGACGUGUUAAAGAUCCACACAUUUUUAAUUGACAAUCUGGAGAAUUGAAUUUAUUUACCUAAUCUAUAAUUUAUAUGCAUACUUCCGAUAGGAGUAAACCACGAAAACACAGGAUCUUUUACAGGAUACGACGUGCGCAUAAGCUCUGAGCUGUUUGUUAGUGUUAAUAAAAAUAAAAAAUCUGUAAAAAAUAAAAAAAAUACAAAAAAUAAAUAUGAAAAUAAA